UAUUCCUGUCGACAUUUUGGAUACUCCCAAAGAGUACAUUUCUACAUGGAUGAGCCUGGAUUGUCCAAGUCUGAUAUCCAGGUGACUGUUGAAGAUGAGAAUACUCUGGUGAUUAAAAGUGGAGGAAAGAGGAAACGCGAAGAUGGUGAUGAGGAAGCCUACAAGUACAUCAGGCUUGAAAGGAAGGCACCUCAGAAGCUGCUGAGGAAGUUCAGGUUGCCCGAGAAUGCCAUUGUGUCUUCUGCCAUUACUGCUAAAUGUGAGACUGGGGUUUUGCCUGUGGUUGUUGAGAAGCCGGUUGCCCGAGAAUGCCAUGGUGUCUUCCGCCAUUACUACUAAAUGUGAGACCGGGGUUUUGCCUGUGGUUGUUGAGAAGCAUCCUCCACCACCCAAGACAGACAGUUGCUAUUACUAUCUCUUGAAAUUAAGGAGACUGAAGAGUGGAGAGAAAAUUUGAGAAAGAUAAUGGUUUGCUUAAUGAGCUCUUAAUUAGGGUUUUGUUCCGUUUGUCUUCUUGAAGUAUAUGAUUUUGCAAGCAUCUUAGGCUUAAGCUAUGGUAAAUGUGGAUGACGAUGGUGCAACAAACCCGUGCGGUGUCAAGAUUUGAAACCAAUUUAUGUAAUCGCAGUUGAAACGCGCUCAGCAUUGUUUGCAAUGCUAUAUGGUUUUAAAUGGGUUGAGUUCGGCAAGUUCAAGGUUGAGCCGUCACCAAAUUUUGAUGCUCUGCGGUUUGAUCGGUCUUGGCAGAGCAGAAGAGCAGGACAUGGAAUCGAAUGCAAUAUAAAUACAAAAAUCACCAUAUUUGCUAGAUGGAGAAGAGGCAA